UCUACCCACCAUCCGACUCUCUUUCAUUUUCACUUCAAAACAAAACAACUGGUGUUUGCCUAAGCUUUUAGCCCCAGACUCCGUUUCACGUUGAAAGCGCAAAAACCCAUUUAACACUAACAAAAGCAAAAAGCCAAAGCCCAGAGAAACAGAAAAGAGAGUAAAAUCUAGGGUUUUGAAAAAUCUGAUUCGGAAUGGGGACUCCAUUUCCGGGCCUGCAACACCGAGACGGUGGUGGCGGCGUGGCGGUAAUGGCGGGACCAGUGAAAGCUAUGGAGCCCACACCGUCGAAGACUUGUUUGAAGAACUCGUCGCUUAAGCCCCCGAUCCUAAUCUUCUUGUUCUUUCACAAGGCUAUACGUUCCGAGCUCGAGAGGUUACACCAUGCCGCCGUCACUUUUGCUACCGCCGGCGGCGAUAUCAAGCCCUUGUUCGACCGCUACCAUUUUCUCCGAGCUAUUUACAAGCACCACUGCAAUGCCGAGGACGAGGUUAUCUUUCCAGCUCUGGAUAUACGUGUAAAGAAUGUUGCCCGAACUUACUCACUAGAGCAUGAGGGAGAAAUUGUUCUUUUUGAUCAGUUGUUUGAGCUGUUAAAGUCAAAUUUGCAAAAUGAAGAAAGCUAUAGAAGAGAGUUGGCUUCUUGUACUGGAGCUCUUCAAACAUCAAUUAGCCAGCAUAUGUUCAAGGAAGAGGAACAGGUCUUCCCCUUGCUUAUUGAGAAGUUUUCAUUUGAAGAGCAGGCCAUGUUGGUAUGGCAGUUUCUUUGCAGCAUUCCUGUCAACAUGAUGGCGAAAUUUCUUCCUUGGCUUUCUUCCUCUAUAUCAUCUGAUGAACGUCAGGACAUGCAGAAGUGCUUGUGCAAGAUAAUUCCAGAAGAGAAGCUUCUUCAGCAGGUUGUAUUUGCCUGGAUGGAAGGGCUAAGAGUGUCUGAAAUGCAGAAAAGUUGCGAAGAUAAUCUUAAGGUCAGAUGUCAAGAUUCUGUGGCUAGCGCCUUUAUCAGUCAGACUGAGCAGGGGAAGUGUGCAUGUGAAUCUUCCAAAACUGGUAAAAGGAAGCAUAUGGAGCUAAAUGCUGAUCAUACCAAUUCCACUGUUUCUUGUCCUAUAGAUGAAAUAUUGCUUUGGCAUAAAGCUAUAAAAAUAGAGUUGAAUGAUAUAGCUGAGGCUGCUAGGAAGAUACAAAUUUCUGGAGAUUUUUCUGAUUUGUUUGCAUUCAACAAGAGGCUGCAAUUCAUUGCAGAGGUCUGCAUCUUUCACAGCAUUGCCGAGGACAAAAUUAUAUUCCCUGCUGUAGAUGCAGAACUCUCUUUUGCUCAGGAGCAUGCAGAAGAAAAAAUUCAAUUUGACAAGCUUAGGUGCCUGAUAGAAAGCAUCCAAAGUGCUGAAGCCAACUCAACGUCUGCUGAAUUUUGUACAAGGUUGUGCUCUCAGGCUGAUCAAAUAAUGGACAACAUACAGAAACAUUUUCAUGAUGAGGAAGCUCAGGUUCUUCCACUUGCUCGAAAGCAUUUUAGCGCUGAAAAACAGCGUGAACUCCUGUAUAAGAGUUUAUGUGUGAUGCCCUUGAAAUUGAUUGAAUGUGUCUUGCCAUGGUUGGUAGGAUCAGUUAGUGAUGAAGAAGCCUUAUUCUUCCUCCAGAAUAUGUAUAUGGCAGCUCCAGCAUCAGAUUCUGCACUGGUCAAACUUUUUUCUGGCUGGGCCUGUAAAGGUCGUUUAAGGAAUGUUUGCUUGUCUUCAAGUGCAAUCAGUGGUUGUUCUGCAAGGGUGUCGACCGGCAAGGAAGAAUAUGUUAGCCAACCGCUCUGUGCAUGCGCUUCUUUGUCUUCUUCUGAGGAAAAACGUUCAUUCACUCAAGCAGAUGACAAUAGAAGGCCGGUCAAACGUGGAAUCUCAAUACCACAGGAAGACAGUGAUGCUCAUCAUUCUACGGAAGCUGGGAAUUCUGUUAUAUUACCUUGCAGUAAUCAGUCUUGCUGUGUCCCUGGGUUAGGAGUGAAUGGCAAUAAUUUAGGAGUGACUUUAGCUGCAGCAAAGUCACUACGCUCCCUAUCCUUUAGUCCUUCUGCUCCUUCCCUUAAUUCAAGUCUUUUUAACUGGGAAAUAGACAUAGCCUGUACUGAUGCUGGAUCUGCAACACGACCUAUUGAUAACAUAUUUAAAUUUCAUAAAGCCAUUCGCAAAGACUUGGAGUAUUUGGACGUUGAAUCCGGAAAGCUUAAUGAUUGCAAUGAGACCUUUCUUAGGCAGUUUACUGGCAGAUUUCGUUUGUUAUGGGGUUUAUAUCGGGCUCAUAGUAAUGCAGAGGAUGAUAUAGUAUUCCCAGCAUUAGAAUCUAAAGAGACUCUUCAUAAUGUGAGCCACUCUUACACUCUGGACCACAAGCAGGAAGAGAAACUAUUUGAGGAUAUUUCUUCUGUGCUUUCUGCACUUACACAACUGCAUGAGCGCUUGAACAGUACAAAAUUUUCUGAUCAUUCAGUUGAAAGUAACUUUGAUUCUUCUGAUCAUAAUGAUACCAUGAGAAAGUAUGAUGAGCUCUCCACUAAGCUUCAGGGCAUGUGCAAAUCCAUUAGAGUAACAUUGGAUCAACAUGUUUUCCGGGAAGAACUAGAGUUGUGGCCACUGUUUGACAGACAUUUUUCUGUGGAAGAUCAGGACAAAAUUGUUGGUAGAAUAAUUGGUACCACAGGUGCAGAAGUCCUUCAAUCAAUGUUGCCAUGGGUCACUUCUGCUCUUACUCAGGAGGAGCAGAAUAAAAUGAUGGACACGUGGAAGAAUGCAACUAAAAAUACAAUGUUCAGUGAAUGGCUUAAUGAAUGGUGGGAGGGAAAUUCUGCUGCAUCUCCACAGACGACAACAUCGGGGAGUAGCAUUUCACUAGGCACUGAUGCUUAUGAAAGCUUGGACCACAGUGAUCUCACUUUCAAGCCUGGAUGGAAAGAUAUCUUUAGGAUGAAUCAAAAUGAGCUUGAAUCUGAAAUAAGAAAAGUUUCUAGAGAUUCAACUCUUGAUCCAAGAAGAAAAGCAUAUCUUAUUCAAAAUCUUAUGACCAGUCGGUGGAUAGCAUCUCAGCAGAAGUUACCUCAGGCAACAGCAGGUGAAAGUUCAAAUUCUGAAGAUUUACUUGCAUGUUCUCCAUCGUUUCGUGAUUCAGAGAAACAAGUAUUUGGGUGUGAGCAUUACAGCAGAAAUUGUAAGCUCCGUGCUGCUUGCUGUGGCAAGUUAUUUACAUGCAGGUUCUGCCAUGAUAAAAUCAGUGACCAUUCAAUGGAUAGGAAGGCUACAACUGAAAUGAUGUGUAUGUGCUGCUUGAAAAUUCAGCCUGUUGGACCAGUUUGCUCAACUCCUUCAUGUGGUGGACUAUCAAUGGCAAAGUACUAUUGCAGUAUUUGCAAAUUUUUUGAUGAUGAAAGGACAGUUUAUCAUUGUCCUUUUUGCAAUUUAUGCCGUCUGGGGAACGGACUUGGCAUUGAUUACUUUCACUGCAUGACGUGCAAUUGUUGCCUGGGGAUAAAGUUGGUAGAUCACAAGUGCCGGGAGAAAGGUCUGGAAACAAACUGUCCCAUUUGCUGUGAUUUUUUGUUCACGUCAAGUGCGACUGUUCGAGCUCUUCCAUGUGGCCAUUUUAUGCAUUCAGAUUGCUUCCAGGCGUACACCUGCAGUCACUAUGUUUGCCCAAUUUGUAGCAAAUCUUUGGGAGAUAUGGCCGUUUACUUCGGCAUGCUUGAUGCUCUAUUGGCUUCUGAGGAACUCCCAGAAGAAUACAGGGAUCGUUGUCAGGAUAUACUGUGCAACGACUGUGAUAAGAAGGGGACCGCAGCCUUCCACUGGCUAUACCACAAGUGUGGGUUUUGCGAAUCCUAUAAUACCCGGGUAAUUAAGGUUGAUUCCAGUCACAACUGUUCAACAUCAAACUAGUUAGAACAUGCGGCGGCUUUCUUCUUGGUUUUAUUUGGGUUGUAAAUACCUUUGGCGGCAGCAUACUUACACAAGGCUUUGUAGAGUAAACAUUCCACAAAAAAAAAAUAGUGAAUACAAUUUUCCCGAAAAUUUCAGUGUUAUACCCUAAAACUGGUGAUCAUUCCCAAAGUUAGGAGGAUAGUGGAUGUUUGUUCCUUUUUAAUGAGUUUUCAACUGUUCUUUUCAUCAAUAUAGAAAUUGAAAAUAUAUUGCAUU